AUCUCCAGGGUUGUGGUGGUAGACAAGUUCACGAAUUUUCGUCGAGAAGACCGUUUCAUUUCUACGCCGCCUCUGUUAAAAUGGCUCGCCGAAGCUCCGGAGGAAGACCUGCUCCUCGUGCUCGCCCAGCAGCUGCUCGCAGCCCACCUCCUCGACCUGUUAACCAUGCCCCUCCUCCAGCUCCUGCUCAGCCCAGCAGCGGUGGAUCUAUGUUCUCCGGCAUUGGUUCUACCAUAGCUCAGGGUCUGGCUUUUGGUACUGGAAGUGCGGUUGCACACAGGGCAGUGGAUGCUGUGAUGGGCCCACGAACCAUUCAGCACGAAACUGUGGUCUCUGAGGGUUCCAGUGCUGCUGCUGCCCCUAUGGCAAGCAGCACGGGACUUGGUGCCUGUGAUAUUCAUGCAAAGGCUUUCCAAGAUUGCUUGAGCGGCUACGGGAACGACAUCAGCAAGUGCCAGUUCUACAUGGACAUGUUGUCUGAGUGCAGGAAGAACUCUGGUUCCGUGAUGGCUUAAGUUCUACGGGAACAACGACAUGCUGUUCUUGCUCUGUUGCUAUGAAUAACCGAUUUCCUGGACAACGUCUGGAAGUUGAAAAAGUCGUCAUUUUUUUUUUUAAUCGAAAGACCUGUUUCAUUUGGGUGAUUAUGUUACCUCAUGUCUGUCUUGUCCGACGAUAACUAUUAAAAUAUCACCUGAACAAUGAUAAGGUUGAAAAGGUGUCGGUCACUAAUGAACCCAAUGGUGCUGAGAUCGAAAUUAUCAUUGGGUGGAUGAUUAAGCAACGUUUCCUGCUAAAUCGCUUUAAUAAUC